GAGGAUCGCUGCCACAUACAGCGUGUCUGGAUCAGAUGAGCGGGGGUCACCCAGGAUUCCCUUGAAACUGCUCUCCGGGGGGAAAACAAACAGGAUUAGACGAGAAAGAUUUCAUUCUAGCCUCGUUUACUGGGGUAAAAUCCACGUUAUCGCUGCUUUUGGCGCAGCUGCUGCUUGACAGAAGCUCACUCUGUCAUCGAUUUUUUUGUUCUUCUUUUUUUUCCUUUCUCAUUUUUCGUUUCUUUUCUUUUUUGUCAACAUGCCGAACGAGGGGAGGAAAGUGAGCGGAAUACUAUCAGGAACAGACUCUUUGAAUGAACGAGAUUCGUUUUAAAAAUCCAAUAAAACCUAAAUUAAUUUGGAUUGUUUUUUCAUUUCUAAAUUAUAUUAUUGGUAAAGCUACCGAAAACGAAAAAAAAAAAAAACUCGGCAAUGCGUUUCGAUUACCUCUUUUGUUUUAGUACAAUUUAAAUGAAUAUCUGGCUGGUCGAUGCGAGAACGCAGACAGCUGAGCUCAACAGGCGGUAAAGUAAAAGUUUUGCAUGUAUUAUUCUCUCUCAAUCAGUCUUUGUUUCAUUUUUUGCUUACAAAAAGCCGAUGUAAGGCUAUGCAUUGAACCCAAAGGCCAAUUUUGUAUCUGUCUCCUGGAUACACGCCCCGCUCUUAUUAUUAAAAACAAAAACGUUUGUUGAAGGAGAACUUUGUGCUGCGUGUUUUUCCAACAGUCACCUGCUUGAUAUUUUCUCCAAAAUAUCAAGAACUGUAGCCCACGGUCUGUCAAAACUCCGGAGAGCGAGGCUCUAUGAAGAUCGCGACACGGUUGUUGCUUUCCCCUCGCAGAAAUGCCAGUGCGCGCCGUGACCACCAGGUUCAUGUACAAGGGGCUUUGCACUAUUCCAGAUGUCCUUUCCUACCGGACCCCUGUUCACCUGCCCGACGACGAGGUGGAAGAGAUUCGCGAAGCUUUCAAGGUAUUUGACAGAGAUGGGAAUGGCUUUAUCUCAAAGCAGGAGUUGGGAAUGGCCAUGCGUUCGCUGGGCUACAUGCCGAAUGAAGUGGAGCUUGAGGUUAUCAUCCAAAGACUUGACAUGGACGGUGACGGCCAGGUUGGCUUUGAGGAAUUUGUCACAUUGCUUGGUCCUAAGCUCUCUGCUGCUGGAAUGCCUGAUAAAUUCCAUGGGGCUGACUUUGACUCCGUGUUUUGGAAGUGUGACAUGCAAAAACUGACAGUGGAUGAGCUGAAAAGACUGCUGUACGACACCUUCCGUGACCAUCUCACCAUGAAAGACAUUGAGAACAUCAUCAUGACUGAGGAAAACCACCUGAACAGUCCAGAGUCUCAUGUGGAUAUUGACACAAGCCCAACGCAGCAGGAAAAACACACAUGUGUGCGUAAAAGCCUGAUUUGUGCCUUCGCGAUUGCAUUCAUCAUCAGCGUCAUGCUCAUUGCAGCUAAUCAAAUGCUCCGCAGAGGAAUGAAGUAAAUUAAUGUUGCCAGCGGGACAAAGCAGAAUCUGGUGUUUGGAAGAAAAGAAAAUCAUUAGCCAAAAAAAAAAAAAAAAGCUCUUAUUUUCCUUCUUAAUUGAUAGUCAAAAUGAUGCUUUCACAGCCUUCUCUAAAGUAUAAAGGAUCAAAUGAUGUCACACAUUGGUUGUGAAAGCCCACUUUUCACAGCUCACCAUGGCAAAAAAAGGAAAAAGGGGCUACAAGGGCUGAUUGGUGUUAAAAACAUAUUGGCUAAGAAAUUAGAGCAGAACUUGGACUGUAACUAAUAAUGUAGAGCUUCAGAGUACAAUAAGUGAUGUAAGAGUAGCUGUGGUGCAUAAAACCCUUCGGUCUAGUUCAGCAUGUGGUCAUCUCACAUGCACCAAAUAACAAAGUACCAAUGAUCGUAAUAAAGCAAUAACAAUGUUACCCACAUAUGGUUUAAUUUUACAUUAGAAUAACAUGACUCUCCCCCACAGUGAGGAGAAUCUUGUAUUUUCUGAUAAAAACAUACAUCAAAGUUCCACAACUUAAUCGGAGUCUUUGGGCACCUUUAAUUACUUAUCAAUGAUGUUAAAUAUGAGUUCAAACACACGGAUACUUUUAAGUGCUGUUCAAGAUCAGAAAAAUGAGAAAAAGCGCAAUUUAGGUAGAUGAAUUUGAGGUUAUAUAAUAUAUAUAAAAAAAUGCUGUUCUGGUUGUUCCACUUAUCUUUAGUCAGAGUUAUAAAUGAAAAGGUUUACAUAACUAAAACUGUGAUAAAUUGUUUGCUGUUACCUCACAUAGUGAGUAGGGGGGGACAAGAACGUAAAUAAUUAAACAUCAGGUCACCAAGUCUCUAGGACAACUUAUUUUGUACAAAUCUUUUUUUUUUUAACAGGCCUACCAAUAACUAUGGAGGGCAUCAUAUCUUUAACACAUUUUUAUAUAUUUUGGUGCAUUACACUUAACAUUAGAAUAAUAUGAAGGGUGACAUAAAUGACCUAAUUCUUUCCUUGUCCAAACACAAAAUAUUUGCUGAAAUGGUUGAGACAAAUACAAGAAUAGAUCUUAUGCUUUUACAUUUUAGACUAAAAUUAAAUCAUUUUUCUCUAUAUUAGGUCAUUUAUACACCUUUUACUGUAGAUAGUUUUAAAGUCACAUAUUGGAAGUUAAAGAAGGGUGCAAAUAGAUGCACUGGGACAGUUGGUAUGUAUGAGACACAGCAUAUAGUUGAGUCUAUGUUAGCAGGAAACCAAUGAGUAGAAUAAACCAGUGGGAAACCAAAGUAUCACUCUGGGAAGCACUGUUAUAAUAAAAUGGAUUUGGAAACUCUGGCUGAGAUCCCAGACCACAUGUAGUGGGCUUCAGUCAACUGAUCAGGCAGAAAGAAAACACCCCAAAGAAGAUUAACGGGUUGCCUGAAAAUUAAUUACAGCGCUUAAAAGCUUACACAGAGUCUUUGAGUCAAACAGGUGUUCGGUCCACUGAAAUGUGAACAACUUAAGUUGAGAAGAAUUUUUUUUUUUAAUGACAAAAUUUGCCAGCAAAUUCGCAAUCAUAAUAUAUCCCUUGAAGCAAAAUAACUAAUAAGAGUAAUAUGAACUCCAAACUUAUUGGCAAAACUGAUAUGAAUAUACAUAAAACAUUAAACAUCAAUUCUUUCUCCUACUGAUCUUUUGAGAAAAUCUAAGUCCUUCUAUUAAGUGAGGAUAAAAUCCCACAUCGCAGAAUAAUUGGUUGGUACCCUCACUGUCAAUAUUGAUCUAAUUUGAGAAAAGGACAUGGCUCCACUAAAAGGUGCAUUUCAGCUAACAUCCUUUCUGGAUGUUUGUAAUGGUAGGAGAGAGAAGGCUUAAACGACAUUACGGGAUGUAUAGACCAUUUAAAUUGUUGUUACAGAGACUUGGUGACCCCAAGGUGCAAAUCUGUGCUGCAGGUCUCUAUAAUCAUGAGCUUUAGAGAUCUUUUUUUAACCUGGUUUAGCACCCUCCUCACUGCACACCAAGGUAAGAUGAACUUGGGUUCAUCCAACUUUAGUUGUCAGAGGUUAAGUUGUUUU